CCAUUAAACAUUGCCCAUUCUACCGUCGGCGUCUGAGUGUUAUCAGUCGUUAGCGUACAUACUCGGUCGUUUCGGUUUCGCGACGGCAGCUCGGAACUCGGCGUACGCGCAAAUAUCAUCAUCGGUUCUCCGUCUGUUACCGUUCCUCGUUUCUUCCAUCAUUUAGUACGCCGUUGUUGUUUAGUUUCGCGCAUUUGCUGCUCUCCAACGCCGGACUACUGUGGACGGUGCCGUUGCAUAGCGUCCUCGUGACUACCCAAUCGCGGACUAAAACGUGAUAUUUGUGCACUGGCGGCAGUGAUGAUGAGUUUCAACCGGUGCACCGACGGCGGUGCGUCAUUCUCCGGAUCCAUCGGAAUUCAGGAUGAUUUGUUUAUGAGCUAAUAUGGAUGAAUCUUGCACAGAAAACAAUAGUUUAAUGAGAAAAUUUAACAAACAAGUUGAAAAACCAUCAAAUAACAGAAAUUUAUCUUUUAGUUUAGAAUUGGUAGAUGAAAACCAUUCUAGUAUUGAUUUAAAAUCAAGUCUACCAACUAGAAAACAAAGACUUAAAGAAUAUUUAACUACAACUCACAUACCUGAUAAAAACAUUAAUUUAACUUAUAAAUUACACAAUUUUUCUAAUGUUAAUUUGAUUAAUUUUGUACCAAAAAUUGAUGAUUAUAACAAGCCUGUAAAAGUUAAAUCUCAAUGGACUCGUACAAGUCAAAUGGAGUUAGCAUUAGAAAAUUCUACAUCCCGUCAAACUAAUAAUACUCAACCUAUAACUAAUUUAUCUAAAUAUGAAAAACUAAACGACGAAUUUACAAUGGCUGUUUCAUCCACAAAUGGUGUAAUUAAUCAAAUUAAUGAAAAUACAAAUACAAAUGAUUCUAGAAAAAUCAUUAAAAUAAAUGAUGUAGAAAUCAAAAGUUGUUGUGUUGUUGUAGAAAAAUAUGAUGAAACUGUACACAAAUUCGAUGAUUCAGUACAAGUGAAAAGAAAAAGAGGUAGACCUAAAAAGAAUAGUAAUAAUAUUAAAGUUAAUACAUCAAUAAAUUCGAAUAUUAAAAAACAAAAACCGGUCAAAAAUAAUACAACUGUUAAUUUGGAUCCUAAAAAUACUGGUGAAAAAAAAGUUAUAAAAAGAGGUCGCGGCAGACCAAAAAAAAAUGAAAUCACAUCGACCAUUAUUCAAACACCACCAAGUGUAUCUAAUUCGGUUGUAGCAAAAAAAAGAAAAACACAAAGUUCUGCUACUGUAAACAAGCGAAAAAAAUUGAAAAGUGAUCAAUUUAAAAAUGAAGAUCUUAACAAUUCAAAAUUAUCCAAAUUAGAUCCAGUACAACCCUCAGAAGUGUAUACUAGUGGAGCAAUAAAUUCUAUAAAUAAUAAAUCAAGUGAAAAUUCUUCUAGUUCAGAUGAAUUAAAAGUAAAUAAAAACGGUUCUGUGACACCAAUCCUAAUAUUUCCAGACGAUGGUGAUGACUUGAAGUGUGUAACCUUAUCACGAAUCGAUAUACCAGAAGGCACAUCAUUGAUUACUUUGGGAAGUUGUGAUAGACCAUAUCUACAAGAAAAAACUGAAAGUAUGAUUCAUAAAAAUUCUAAUGAGUUAAAUACACAAGAAAAAACUACACAUAGUGUUAAUUUUUUAGAAAAAUGUGAUAAUUUAAAUACACAAGAAAAAACUACACAUAGUGUUAAUUUUUUAGAAAAAUGUGAUAAUUUAAAUGUAAAAGAAAACACUACACAUGCUAAUUUUUUAGAAAAAUGUGAUAAUUUAAAUGUGCAAGCAAAUACUACAGGUAUUAAUUUUUUAGGAGGAUGUAAUGAUUUAAAUGUACAAGAAAACACUACAUGUGUCAAUUUUUUAGAAAAACGUGAUACAAGAUUUAACAUUGACAAGAUUUCAAUUAAAAGUAAACAAAAUUUUUUAUCUGAACUUGAAAAUGUAGAUUGGAAUUCAGUACCUAAGCGGAUUCGAUCAAAUAGUGUAAGCGAGACAAUUAAUAUAAAAAAUCGAAGAAAUUCUCUUUCUAAUAAUUUUGCGUAUAACUCUUCAAACGAAUCAAAAGAUGAAGAUUUCGUACCAUUGAAAUCUUGGAAAAGUCUUUCUUAUUUAGAAAGUGGACCAAAUAUCCAAAUUGAACGAGUUAUACAAGAUGAAUUGGUUAAAAAAUUUAGAUCAAAAUUAAAACGCAGCAGAAGCUUUCCUAACUGCUUGUUUUUAGAUACAGUUAUCUGGAGAUAUCUAGUUCAUCAACAAGAAUAUAACUCGGAAGAAAGUCAUGAAAUAGUAUCAGAUUUAGAUUCAGUUUCAGAUAUUGAUUCUGAAUCAGGUAUGAGUUUAAUAAAUGAAAUUCCAGCGGAUAGAUGUGACCAUCAUUACCGUUCUAAUAGUUUGCCUUUAGAGCAAUAUAAACAAUCAAAAGAAAAAACUAGCUAUAUGUUUAGAAGUUUAGAUAAUUUAAAUAUGUUGUGUUCUACUAAUGAUCCACUAUCAUUCCAAGUACCCUCAAGUAUAAGUAAUUUGAAAAACGCUGAAAGUGAACCAGAAGAAUCUGAAGGGAAAAUAAGACGAUCAAAGCGAUUAAAUACCAAAAAUAAGGAUAGUGAUAUGUUGGAAGAAAAAUAUUUAUUAUCAUCUGAAAAUUCAAAAAUUGACUCUUUAUUGUUGGCUGAUGAAAUUCGAAAAGAAAAUGAAAGGCAUUUAGCAGAAGCUAGAGCAAAUGAUCCAGAGUUGGAUAAAAAAUUAAAAAAAUUGAACUUUACUUUAAUAUCUAACAAUUUGUUUAGGCCUCCUAGGAAAAAAAUGAGUGAGUAUACACCAGCAGAAGCACAAGAAUUGCGGAGACUAAAACCAAGGAGAACUAUCAAUUCUGAUACUUAUAAAUGCCAUUGUAAAUAUACUAGAAAAGACUGGAUUGAAAAAAAACCUGGAUGUGGUACAGAAUGUUUAAAUCGUUUAUUGAAUAUUGAAUGUGGUAAAAGUUGUAUAUUAAAGUCACUCUGUACAAACAAGCAAUUUCAAAAUAAACAAUUCAAACGUACCAAAAUUGCCAAAACUGCAAAUAAAGGUUAUGGUGUUUUUGCACUUGAAGAUAUACCUAGUGGAACUUUUGUUGAUGAAUAUAUUGGAGAAGUUAUUGAUCAAAAUGAAAUGAUAAAGAGAAUGAAACUAAAAAAGUAUAUGUUUAAUAAUUAUAUGGUGCAAUUGAAACAUGACGAAAUAAUCGAUGCUACGCGCAAAGGAAAUAUUACAAGAUUCAUAAAUCACAGUUGUGAACCAAACUGUGUUGCAGAAAAAUGGAAUGUGUUAGGUGAAUCUCGGAUGGGGUUUUUUAGCAAACAAUUUGUACGAAAAGGAGAAGAAAUCACUUUUGACUAUAGUUUUGAAAUAUUUGGAGAUGCUAAACAGCAAAAGUGUUAUUGUGGCGCAUCAAAAUGUCGAGGAUUUAUUGGCAAAAAAACUAAAACAGGUGAUCAAAGCAGUUCUGAUGAAAGCAGUUCUGAUGAAAUUGAUGAUCUUGAUGAUGAUUCAAAAGCGGAUUCAACUGAUAAAUGUUCGGGAAAGAAAAAGAAAACAAUAAAUAAAAUCACUAACAAAGAUAAAAAACGCUUAAGACAGCUUGAUAAACAGUUAACAGAUAUCAGUAAAUUAAAAAAUAAAAACCGUUCUGACUUGGAGAGCUCAACAUUAAAUUUGAAUAAGUUAAUGGUUCAUAUUACUGAUUCAAUGAGUAGAUCACAUAUUUUGAAAUUUAUUAGGGAUAACGAUUUAAACUGUAAAAGAUUAUUUAUGAAUUUUAACGGAUUGAAUAUAAUACAUAGCUGGAUGACUUCAAAUAACAAUGAAAACUUGAAAUUAGAAAUUGUUAAAACACUUUCAGACCUUCCAAUCUCUAAUAGAAAUACAAUAACUAAAUCUAAAGUUUUAGAUAUUGUUGCUCAAUGGGCUAAUAUCCCAUUAAAUGUAAAAGAAGCAAUUGAAAAUUUAAAAUAUCCAAUAUCACAAAUUAAGGAACACGAGGAAGAAGUUGAUAAAUUAUUACCAGAUGUAAGCAAUAAAUCAUCAUUAGUUCAAGCAGCCAGAAUUUUAUGGAAAAAAUGGAUAGUUCUGAAAAUUGUUUUUAAAAUACCAAAAUUAGAUCGUCCCAAAGAAGUGAACAUUGCUGAUGUUAGCCAGCCACCAAUACAUUUUUCGCAACCUAAACUAAAUUCUAUUUCACAUCAUUCUGAAAAUCCUACAGUUAAAUCAAGUCAGCCUUCUGAAAUAAGUCAUAUGCAAAGCCAAGGUACUGGAUAUGGUGAGACCAAUUCCAUGGAUACAUUAAACAAAAUAAUUAAUCAUCGCAAUCAGAUCAACUAUCGAGACAGGAAACAAACUAUUUUGGAUUGGAAUAAAAAACACUGGAAUCUACCUUCUAAAACAAAUAAGGUUUUUAGUUCAGCCAUGGCAAAUCAUUCAGAUUUAAAUUCAAAACAAAGCUCAACAUCAACAUUUAAAUCAAGAAAUAUACACAAAGAUAUUCCAUCAAUUGAAAACAGUACACCUACUAAAAAUAUGAAAUGGAGUGGCAUCGCUGAAAUUAACUCAACAGUUUAUGACAUUCCUACUGAUUCUUCUGAAAAAAUUAAUUCUAAGAAUACACAAAAUAAUACAUUUUUUGAAACUGAACCAACUGCUUAUUACCCUAUCGAAGAAAUUAUUACCACAAACCAAACAUGGAAUUUACCGCCUCCAACAAUUGUUGAUCUUUGUAAUGGAUCUACUCUAAAUUCCAUAUUAAAAACAGUUCCUCCAUGUUUACCAAAUGAUUUUAUUUCAAAUAUGUCUAAUGAAACAAGUCAAUGUUUAUUUUCUUCUAAUGAUACUACUUGGUGUGUAAUGCAUCCAGAAAAUGUGAUGUAUGAUGCUCAACAUCCAAGUAUUCAAGAACAAAUGGCUCUUUUACCAACUGACAUAAUGGUCGAAAAAUCAACUAAAAGUCAAUCAGAUACACCAAAUACUAAUGAUGAAAAAACAAAUUCCAUUAAAAACUUUAAAGUCCAGCCACUAGAUGAAAAUACGCGUAAAAAGUUAUUUAAACAAUGUGAAGAAAAUGUUCAACAGCUAGUUGAUAAAGGAAUAUUGAAUAUGCGUAAAUCUGCUAAACAAAAUUAUCUAGAUACAUCUCCAAUUCAAAUACUUCAAUCAUUUUUCAAUAGAAAACCCAUGAAAUCAACUAUAGUGACACACGAAAACAAUCAAAAUCAAUAUGUUUUGCCCAACUUAAUCAAACGUAUAAAAAUAAUUAGUGAUGGUUAUCAAAAACAGCCAUCCAAAAUUAUUAAAAUAAAUAAUGCAGUAAAAUUGAAUUCUCUGAAAAAUAAAAAUGAUAUAUUUAGAAUAAAAGAAGAUCAAAAGUCUGAAAAAACCGAUACAACAUCCAUAGCCUUGAUAUUAAACAAUGAACAACUAAAUACUGUUCCUGAAACACUCAACUUAAAUAAGGUGUUCAAUAAGCAAUCUUUUAAAGUAAAUACAAAAAACAGAUUUGCAUUUAAAAUAUUUAAUAAUUUAAUAAAACGUAAUUCAACCAUGCCCAAAAAUUUUAUUCUUCAAUUCCCAUCCAACAUCAAUAUAAUUACUCAUGACCCUUCAAAUGAGUUGGAUAUUCACAACAAAUUAAUUCCAUCAGUGCAUAAUAUUUUGUGUGCAAAAUUAAAUAGGGGAGUUGAUAAAAAUACCAUAAAUGUGUACAAACAAAAAAUAGGUAUGAAAUAUGAUGAAACAAAGACCCUAGAACCUUUAAGUUUAGAAUCAAUAUUAAAAGAAAAUCUUGUUUUUUCAUCUAACACUACAGAAAUAACUCAAGCUAAAAAACAAUUAAAAAGAAAAAUGCCUUUACCACCUUUGCAUAAUAUAAAGAAUAGAAAAAUUGUCGAUUUAUCGUUGAAAAAUAAAUCUAGAAUUCCAGUUACAAUAAUAAAUAAAACUGAUGAUAAUAUAGUUUUUAAAAAACCAAUGCUUCCUGCUACUAAUAAAAGCAACUCUCGUAUUAUUACCAACCAAGUGCAAGAAUCUUUAACUUCAAGUAUUGCACCUCUUAAUUCAAAUGCAAACGAAUUUGAACAGAUACCUAGUACAUCAAGUCAUACAAUAUCAGAUACUGAUUUAUUAAAAAUAAAUCUUAGUGAAGAACCUAGUACAUCUAAUCCAUUAGUCAUAAAUAUUAUGUCAUCAAAAACAAAUGCUAAUGAAAUUAGACAAAAACCUUUAAUGAAGUGUUCACCAUUCAAUAAAGUAGAAAACAAUUUAAUAAUCGAGUUGGAGCAGAAUGCUAAAUAUUUAGCCUCAAGUAUAAAUAUGGACACCACUGAUGUUUUAUCUUCAGUAGUAGUUAAUAGUGAUUUAAUUGACCCAAUCGUGGAGAAUUUCAAAAAUUCUAUUAAUCAAAAGAAAUCUGUGGGACGAGCAAAUCUUGUUGAUGAUCCUAUUGUGAGGGAUUAUAUUGAACGUACUCAAUUGAAAUCGCUUGAAUCAAAACGUAAAUGUAAACUUCCAGAAAGUAUGAUGUCUUUACCCGAUGAGGUUCUGGAUCUUAUACCAGAUAAUCAAAGAGAAAUCAAGUAUGUGAUUGACUUUUAUCAUGCUAUGGCUACAGUUAUUGUCAAAGUAUUAGACUUGUAUGUAAAAAAGAGUUGCAAACAAGGUCGUAUUAAAAAUGAUGAUGAUUUCAAAUAUUUAGCUAAAAAGCUCAAUUCCAAUAUUUUAUUCAAAGAACUUCAAGUUAAGAAAGUAGAAGAUUUAAGAAUUAGUGAUAGUGUCAAACAGAAAGUUGAACAGUACAUUAAAAAAUAUAUGUUAAAGUAUGGAAAAGUGUACAGAAGAAAAAGUACUGUAAAUUUUGCACUGCCAUUUGUGAAUAAUCAAGAGAAAUAAAUUAUGUUGGCAAAACUUCAGACUUUGUGAAGACUAGAAUAUUAAUCAUAUAUUUAUAACUUAAUCAAUAUCAAUCAUUUUUAUAAUGUUAAUAAUAUGAUUAUAUGUAUAAUUGAUAUUCGCAUUUUAUAUCUUCAAAACUCAAGUAGGCUAUUUUUAAUCUGUUAAGAGUAUUAGUCUGUUUUUGUAAAUAAAUCUACAUUGAGUACCUCUUAUUAUAUUUACAAGCGGGAAAAGUUUCUAUUUCAUAAAAUUUAUUUAAAGUACGAUUUAAGUCUUAAAAAAUGACCCGCUGAUCUCUAACUUCAUGUACAUUUUCAUAUUAAUAUUUGCUUAAAAGUGUAUUUGUACAAAUAUUUAUUUAUUUGUAUUUAUUUGUUAUUUUUU